CCCAGAGCUGUCACCCAGGGCUGGGAGGGAACACAGAGAGCCCGCCUGCCUGCUGAGCUCCCCUUCCUGUCCCCUGAGUGCUUUGCCAUACUCCAGCUCCUGAGAGCGGGGGACAGGCCGGUGGUCCAAUGCCCCUCUAGGGGCGAGCUGGGCCUGGAGCUCUGGGGCCUCCUGGCUCCUCCUGUUCCAGGAGUGCCCAGGCCGGAUGAGGCUGAGGCGCCUCCCCAAGUGCGGGUCCCAGCAGCAGUGGCCUGAGGGAGCCCUUGAGCCGUGAGGGCUGCCCGACCACCUUCCCCUUGGCUGAUUCCCGCCUCUGGCGGCCCCCUCUCUGGCAUGCUGCUGGUGCCCAAGGCUCAGGGGCUCGUGGAGAUGCUGCAAACCAUCUAUGAGACGGAAUCCUGUUUCUCAGCAGAUGGGAUGUCAGGCCGGGAACCAUCCUUGGAAAUCCUGCCUCGGACCCCUCUACACGGCAUCCCUGUGGCAGUGGAGGUGAAGCCGGUGUUGCCAGGAGCCAUGCCUAGCUCCAUGGGUGGCGGGGGUGGAGGCAGCCCCAGCCCAGUGGAGCUGCGGGGUGCUCUGGCAGGCGCUGUGGACCCUGCACUGCGGGAGCAGCAGCUGCAGCAGGAGCUCCUGGCGCUCAAGCAGCAGCAGCAGCUGCAGAAGCAGCUCCUGUUCGCUGAGUUCCAGAAACAGCACGACCACCUGACACGGCAGCAUGAGGUGCAGCUGCAGAAGCACCUCAAGCAGCAGCAGAUGUUGGCAGCCAAGAGGCAGCAGGAGCUAGAGCAGCAGCGGCAGCGGGAGCAGCAGCGGCAGGAGGAGCUGGAGAAGCAGCGGCUGGAACAGCAGCUGCUCAUCCUGCGGAAUAAGGAGAAGAGCAAAGAGAGUGCCAUCGCCAGCACCGAGGUGAAGCUGAGGCUCCAGGAAUUCCUCCUGUCGAAGUCAAAGGAGCCCACGCCAGGCGGCCUCAACCAUUCCCUCCCGCAGCAUCCCAAAUGCUGGGGAGCCCACCAUGCUUCUUUGGACCAGAGUUCCCCUCCCCAGAGUGGCCCCCCUGGGACGCCUCCCUCCUACAAACUGCCUUUGCUUGGGCCCUAUGACAGCCGCGAUGACUUCCCCCUCCGCAAAACAGCCUCUGAACCUAACUUGAAAGUGCGUUCAAGGCUAAAGCAGAAGGUGGCCGAGCGAAGGAGCAGUCCCCUCCUGCGUCGGAAGGAUGGGACUGUCAUUAGCACCUUUAAGAAGAGAGCUGUUGAGAUCACAGGUGCCGGGCCUGGCGUGUCAUCCGUGUGUAACAGCGCGCCAGGCUCUGGGCCGAGCUCCCCCAACAGCUCCCACAGCACCAUCGCUGAGAACGGCUUCACUGGCUCAGUCCCCAACAUCCCCACCGAGAUGCUCCCCCAGCACCGGGCCCUCCCUCUGGAAAGCUCUCCCAACCAGUUCAGCCUCUACACGUCUCCCUCUCUGCCCAACAUCUCCCUAGGGCUGCAGGCCACAGUCACUGUCACCAACUCGCACCUCACUGCCUCCCCGAAACUCUCAGCACAGCAGGAGGCUGAGCGGCAGGCCCUUCAAUCCCUGAGGCAGGGCGGCGCACUGACCGGCAAGUUCAUGAGCACAUCCUCUAUCCCCGGCUGCUUGCUGGGCGUGACACUGGAGGGCGACUCGAGCCCCCACGGGCACGCCUCUCUGCUGCAGCACGUACUGUUGCUGGAGCAGGCCCGGCAGCAGAGCACCCUCAUCGCUGUGCCGCUCCACGGGCAGUCCCCCCUGGUGACGGGCGAGCGAGUGGCUGCCAGCAUGCGGACGGUGGGCAAGCUCCCGAGGCACCGGCCCCUGAGCCGCACUCAGUCCUCGCCGCUACCCCAGAGCCCCCAGGCCCUGCAGCAGCUGGUCAUGCAGCAGCAGCACCAGCAGUUCCUGGAGAAGCAGAAGCAGCAGCAGCUGCAGCUGGGCAAGAUCCUCACGAAGACUGGGGAGCUGCCUCGCCAGCCCACCACCCACCCCGAGGAGACAGAAGAGGAGCUCACAGAGCAGCAGGAGGCCUUGCUGGGGGAGGGAGCCCUCACCAUACCCCGAGAAGGCUCCACGGAGAGUGAGAGCACGCAGGAGGACCUGGAGGAGGAGGAAGGGGAGGAGGAAGAGGAGGAGGAGGAUGAGGAGGAGGAGGAGGACUGCAUCCAGGUCAAGGAUGAGGAGGGCGAGAGUGGCGCUGAGGAGGGACCUGACUUGGAGGAGUCCAGAACUGGUUACAAAAAGGUAUUCUCAGAUGCCCAGCAGCUGCAGCCACUACAGGUGUACCAGGCACCCCUCAGCCUGUCCACUGUGCCCCACCAGGCCCUGGGCCGAACCCAGUCCUCACCUGCUGCUCCUGGGGGCAUGAAGAGCCCCCCAGACCAGCCCACCAAGCACCUCUUCACCACAGGCGUGGUGUAUGACACAUUCAUGCUGAAGCACCAGUGCAUGUGCGGAAACACACACGUGCACCCUGAGCAUGCCGGCCGGAUCCAGAGCAUCUGGUCCCGGCUGCAGGAGACGGGCCUACUCAGCAAGUGUGAGCGGAUCCGCGGUCGGAAAGCCACGCUGGACGAGAUUCAGACGGUGCACUCUGAGUACCAUACCCUGCUCUAUGGGACCAGCCCCCUCAACCGACAGAAGCUGGACAGCAAGAAGCUGCUUGGCCCCAUCAGCCAGAAGAUGUACGCCAUGCUGCCUUGUGGGGGUAUCGGGGUGGACAGUGACACUGUAUGGAAUGAGAUGCACUCCUCCAGUGCUGUGCGCAUGGCGGUGGGCUGCCUGGUGGAGCUGGCUUUCAAGGUGGCAGCUGGAGAACUUAAGAAUGGAUUUGCCAUCAUCCGGCCCCCAGGGCACCAUGCUGAGGAAUCCACAGCCAUGGGAUUCUGCUUCUUCAACUCUGUAGCCAUCACAACCAAACUCUUGCAGCAGAAGCUGAACGUGGGCAAGGUUCUCAUCGUGGACUGGGACAUUCACCAUGGCAAUGGCACCCAGCAAGCGUUCUACAAUGACCCCUCCGUGCUCUACAUCUCCCUGCAUCGCUAUGACAAUGGGAACUUCUUUCCAGGCUCCGGGGCUCCUGAAGAGGUUGGCGGAGGGCCGGGCAUGGGGUACAAUGUGAACGUGGCAUGGACGGGAGGUGUGGACCCCCCCAUCGGAGACGUGGAAUACCUAACAGCCUUCAGGACAGUGGUGAUGCCCAUUGCCCACGAGUUCUCACCUGACAUGGUCCUAGUCUCCGCCGGGUUUGAUGCUGUUGAGGGACACCUGUCUCCGCUGGGUGGCUACUCUGUCACCGCCAGAUGUUUUGGCCACUUGACCAGGCAGCUGAUGACGUUGGCAGGGGGCCGGGUGGUGCUGGCCCUGGAGGGAGGCCACGACUUGACCGCCAUCUGUGAUGCCUCUGAGGCCUGUGUCUCGGCUCUGCUCAGCGUGGAGCUACAGCCCUUGGAUGAGACAGUCUUACAGCAAAAGCCCAACAUCAACGCCGUGGCCACGCUAGAGAAAGUCAUUGAGAUCCAGAGCAAACACUGGAGCUGUGUGCAGAGGUUUGCUGCUGGUCUGGGUCGUUCCCUGCGGGAGGCCCAGGCGGGGGAGACGGAGGAGGCCGAGACAGUGAGCGCCAUGGCCUUGCUGUCCGUGGGGGCCGAGCAGGCCCAGGCGGCGGCAGCCAGGGAGCACAGCCCCAGGCCAGCAGAGGAACCGAUGGAGCAGGAGCCCGCCCUAUGACGCCCCGGCCCCAUCCUCUGGGCUUCAUCAUUGUGAUUUUGUUUAUUUUUUCUAUUAAAAACAAAAAGUCACACAUUCAA